GCGGUGGCGGUGCGCCAGACUGGGGCGCGGUCGGCGAGGCGAGGCGAGUGAGCGCGGGUGCGGGCGCGGCGGGCCGAGGGUCGGGUUCGCAGUCGAGCGCGAGCGCCGAGCGAGGGAGCCCGCUCAUCGGCAUGACGCCCAACGCGAUGGGCGUCGUCGGGAACCGGAGGAGCACCGAGGACUUUGAGUUUGGCGAGGUGCUCGGCGAGGGGAGCUACAGCACGGUCACACACGUCACGACGGUGCACCCGCCGUACCGCCAGUACGCGCUCAAAGUCCUCGACAAGGAGCACAUCAAGCGCGAGCGCAAGACCAAGUACGUCCUCAUCGAGCGCGACACGCUCAAGGCGCUCGACGGCCACCCGGGCGUCGUCAAGCUGUGGUGGACCUUCCAGGACGAGUGGAGCCUCUACUACGUCCUCGAGUACGCCGAGAACGGCGAGCUGCUGCACUGGAUCAAGAAGUACGGCUCGUUCGACCUGCGCUCGGCCCGGUACUACGUCGCGCAGAUCCUGAGCGCUGUCGGCUUCAUGCACGAGAAGGGCGUCAUCCACCGCGACCUCAAGCCCGAGAACAUCUUGCUGGACCAGACGAUGCGUGUCAAAAUCACCGACUUUGGCACGGCCAAGUUGCUCAAGCAGGACGAGAUCAAGGCCGGCCAACCCACAGACGACCCGCAAGGACGGCCUCGAGCGCGCUCGUUCGUCGGCACGCCCGAGUACGUCAGCCCUGAGAUCCUGAGCGAGGGUCGCGAGUCGAGCUUCUCGUCCGACUUUUGGGCGCUCGGCUGCAUCCUGUACCAGGUCCUCGGCGGCCGGCCGCCGUUCCAGGCCCGCACCGAGUACCUCAUGUUCCAGAAGAUCGUCAACCUCGAGUACGAGUUCCCGCUCGGGUUCCCUGCCGACGCCAAGGACCUCAUCGAGAAGCUCCUCGUUGUCGACCCCAAGGCGCGACUCGGGGGCGACCCGGCCAACGGCAACGGCAUCGAGGCCGUCAUGGCGCACCCGUUCUUCACGUCGCACAUCCCGCCUCGCGCACCCUCGCCCGACGAGCAGCGCCGGCGCGACCGCGCCGAAUCGGAGCUGUCGACGCCGCCGUCCGACUCGGUCGCGUCCUCGCUCCGCAACGAGCCAACCUCGGCCGACGAGUCGACCUCGACGCCGGCGUCGUCCGUCCUCGCGUCGGGCAAGCGCGACGACCGCUACGUCAUCAACGCCGGCGACAGCUUUGCGGGCCUCACGCUCGGCACGCCCGUCGACACGCCGCCGGCGUCCAACACGCCGCGCGCGAUCGACCACACGCCGCACUACCCGUUCGGCCAGCCCGAGGAGCCGCUCGACGCGCCCAUCGACUGGUCGACCAUCUGGACGAUCGAGCCGCCACAGAUCCACACGGGCCUGACGCCGCCGGCACCGACCAUGCGCGGCGAGUUUGUGCUCCUCGGCGGCGACGGCACGUCGUCGUUCGCGCCGUCGACGAUGGGCACGGGCCUGACGGGGCAGCAGUCGUGGAGCGGGUCGGCCAACGAGCCCGCGUCGGGCUCGGGCUCGCAGGAGGGCGGGUACCCGGCGUCGGGGCAGCGGCGGCAGGACGACGAGGACGAGGACGGGUGGGAGGAGAACGGCGACGACCGAGGGUCGAUCUCGGACGACUACGCCGAGCCGGGCUCGCCGACGAGCACGAGCGGGCAGGACCUCCCGCCGGCCUCGACGUUCGGCGGCGGCAAGUGGGGCAACGUCCUCCUCCCGUCCGAGUCGAUCCUCCUGUGCUCGCCCAUCCUGCAGCGCCCGUCGGCAGCGCGGCAGGCCCUCCUGCGCAGCAACCCGCUCAAGUUCCCGCGCUCGCUCCUGUCGACCUCGUCGUCGUCGUCGAGCGCCUCGCCCGGCGCGUCGCCGCACAACGGCACCGUGCCGCUCCCGGCCCCGUCGCCGCCCAUCAACCCGAGCAACGGCCUCUUGACGUCGGGCGCGCCGUCGCCGCCGCUCGCCGCCGGGCCGUCGCCGCACCUCGGGUGGAAGCCGCGCACGCUCCUCCUCACCGACUACCCGCGCCUGCUGUGCGUCAAGGAGGCGCCCGACAAGCUGUCGGUCAAGGCCGAGGUCUUCCUCGGUGCGGCACUGCGCGGCGGCGUGCGCCGGGACGGCGUGUCGGCGUUCAUCGCGGUCGAGAGCCGCGGCAACGACGGCAAGGAGUUUGUCGUCCGCACGUCUGCACGGUCGCUCAAGUUUGCCGAGCCGCACGGCCAAGCGUCGCGGUGGAUGCACGAGCUGCGCGAGGCGCACCGAGCGGGCCUCAUGCAGCAGCCGCCAGAUGAGACCUGCGCACGCCUCGCUCCCCUUCGUCGUCGUCUAGCCUCCCCCUCCCACCCUUCCUUCCCUCCCUUGCACUCCCCUCGCGAGCUUAGCCGCUAGAUGAUCUUGUCGUCCCUCGCCCCUCGCCCUCCCCUACCUCUCUCGCACUGCAUCGCGACCUUUCUAGGUUGCCCUCGC